UGUUUCACGAAGUAAAUAUGCCGGACGACUGAGAGACAUCUUCAGGCCGAUAAUAGAGUUAGGACCAUGUGGAUACUUAUGUACAUAAUAUGUGAAUUAUUAGUGACUUGAUCAGCUGACUUUGGGAUUUUUUUUAAAUUUAUAACAAGGAGAUUAAAUGAGUAAAAUAAUGGGUGUUAUUAUGUCGAGGCUAUCAAAGCCAGCUAGAGCUUUUAAUAUUGAAAAUAGAGCUGCGAAAAUUUUGGAAAAAGAAAAACCAAUACCUGCUCCACCUCAUCCAUCUACUGCUCAGCAAUUAAAGAUUUCUCGAGAAGUUGAUCCUAAUUUUUUGGAGAAUCAUUAUAAAAAAGAUGAAGAAUUGUAUGGCAGAUUGAAACAAGUGUUUGUUUCUUCACACGUUGAACAUAAAAUUAGUGAUCAAGAGUCUGAAGCAAAAAAGCCGAAGAAUAAAAAAUGGUCUCAAGAUUUUGAAUACGGCUUUUGGGAACCUGAAAAAAUACCAAAGGGUAGGUGUCAAUUGAAGACAGCGUUGCAAUUUAUGGCUGACUAUCAAGCAGACUCGAAAAAAAAUUCUAUUGAAAGUAUAGCGAUGAAAUACAAACUAGACCCGGUUGAUGUCAAGAAUAUUAUUAAGUACUACAGAGUAUUCCAAGUAGUCCAGCCGAAAGAUAGUAAGAUGUUCGUACCAAGAGGAGAUGCAAAACCACUUAUAGAAGAAAAAUAAUUCAAUGAAUAUUCAAGUCCAACAUUAGAUUAUUUAAAAUGUUUUCUUUGAUAUUAAAAUUAUUAAAAUGACUGUAAAUAUUUAUUAAUAGUAAUAAUAGAUUGAUAAAAUGUUUAUCAGUAGAUGGUGCGUUUUUAUAGUACGAAAGUUAAGAGAAAUUUUUGAAAAUUUUUAAGAUUUUUUAAAGAAAUAAAUU